AAUGUUACAUACUACUAUACUUAGUUACAUGAUCACCCUAUUCCUAUAUUAUACCUACUCUUAAUUCUAACUUAAUCUUACUCUUAUAUUUAAUUACUUAUGCUAACUGUUAUUUAAACCAACAACUGUUUUACAUACUUUCUCACACUCUACACCCACACGCUUACUCACGCACUCAACAUACUUUCUCCCAUUCUCAUAAAUGUUAAAUAUUAGUUAAGCUUUAGGUUAAGAAGAGUUUUUGUUAAACGGGGAGUUGAAAUAAAGUUCUUGGAAGAAGAAGACGUGUUUCACUUCGUUAUUAUAUAUUUCAUUAAACUCGGCAAGUUUACAGCGAACUUCGCCUCCAAUAUGUAUUGUGCAGCUUGGCGAUUACCCAUAACCGAAGGGGCAUUGGCUGUCGGGCGGUGAUUGCUGCUGCGAAAACCUUGUGAACUUCGGUCUACUUCGGAAAAAUAAUACUUUCAAAGUGGAAGGCCGAAAUCUAAAUAGCGAGUGAGAGCGUCAGCAGUUAAUACGUCUCUCAACUACACACAGAACAGCCUUUCAAAAACAACAACCCCACCUCCAACACUCAUUCGAACCUAAACUUUAAUUUCGUUUCCAACAUUCGAUCAUCGCACCCUAUUAAACGACACUGCAGUGGAAAUUGUCUAAAAGCCCAUCCGCAAUUUAUCGUAGCCAACAAUCAAGCCCCCAAGAAAAUGCCCACUAUGACGCACGUCCUCGAACGCCGCCGCAUUCAACGCUACUCGCUUGACAAUCAACUGGAUACACAUUCCCCGCGUCGCGUCCGCCAUUCACUCAGCACCGCAGCCAAUAAGGAGAAUUUCGGUGUCCAUUUUACGCGCAGCUCCUUCGGCAACACGAGCCUCACCGCCUUUCAGGAUCUCAGCAAUGGCAAGAGUCCGCUACGUCAAACACAAACCAAUGUGACUUUAAAUGUGAAGCGCCAAAAUGCAAACAAUAGCGGUACGCCGACAACGCGAAACCGUUUCUCUGAUGACUUUGCCUCCGGGGAGCCGGAAGAUACGCCUUUGACCCACCUUCGCUUCCGAAACGUAUCGCGCGACGAUUCACUCUCCUCUUCGCGAAUGGGCGAUGUGACACUGGAUCGCAUGUUGGAUGCGAUUAUCGAGAGCGCUCGCAAGGAUGUACAGCGUGUGCAGGCAAUGCGUCCAACAGAAAGUGAUCAGCAGCAGCAGCCAGUGGCACUCACGCCCGGCAGCGACUCGCCGGCCAUUGUCAGCGAUAACGAAUUGAGCAUUCACGAAAUGGAGGUACGUACGCCAACGCAUCUGAAGCGGCAACGCGUGGUGCGACGUAAGAACACCAGAACAACAGAUACACGUCGCAAAAUAGAUGCGCACGUAGCAACGGCGACAGCAUCGCGGAUAAUUUCGCCGCAGCCAUUGAUCGGACUAACUCUGCCCGAAGGCAUACCGAGCCCAGACACGCCGCUCUUCAAGAAUGUCGACACGCAUAAAGCACAACUUUCAGCAUUUAUGAUCGAAAAUAAUUAUGCGGCUGCAGUAGCAACAACGAUGACAGAGACCGAACUGCAGCUGCAGCAACGUUGCUCAACGCCGACUCUGGAAGAGACGCACUCGAUCAAGCGGUGCCUCAGCUUUUCAUCUGCUAGUGAUGACGAAGACGACGUGGACUUCAGCAAUGCCGCAAAACGCAGUUCGAUGGCAUCCUCCAACACGAGCUCCACAAUGGGCGAUCACUGCUGUUCGGGGCGUGCCUCCCGUAACUCGCAGGGCUCGUGGAAAGGUGCAGGUGGCCCCGCAGUGCGUGGCAAUGUCGAGUUGUCCAUACAAGUGGAGCGGCAGCAAUUAAAUGUACAUGUUAUACGCUGUCGUGAUUUGCAGCGUCCGAAUGGCUCUGCUGCGCUGAAUGCGUACGUGAAGGUGGCGCUCAUAAAUAACAAUCCAGCUACCAAGGCAGCGGAGAGUUGCUUUCAACGCACUGCUGUGCAUCGACAUUCGAGUCGGCCGUACUUCGAUCAUAGGUUCAGAUUUAAUUUGGGUGCUCAGGCGGAAACUGACGCUACAAGUGCAGGCGGACGUCUACAAUUGGCAGUGUGGCACCGAGACCGCCAACUAAAACGUAGUGAGUUUCUAGGAUGCAUGUCCUUUCCUCUCCAGACGUUGCUGCAACAACCUGUUAAUGGCUUCUACAAACUACAAUCGCACGCAUGUCUGAAUAAUCCACAGCCGCCAGUAUUGUUACAGCAUCCGGCCAGUGCUACACACGCCCAGCACCCACAAAGCCAAACACACCAGACUUCGUGCCCAACGCCUCACAAUCCCAACCACAUUCCCGUUCACGUUCAACCACAACUGCAACUGCAGCCACAGUCGCAGCCACCACAACGCCAACCAUUUGUGCCACAGGCGCGUGUUGUCACCGCCACAUCUAUAAUGACCUCAACACUGAUGCGCCAGAAAAGCGAGGAGGAUGUUGUGAGUAUUGACAGUAUGGCUCAGGCGACUGCUGGCAGCAACAUUGAGCAUCCGAUGACACUGAGCCGGAAGGCUUUGCAUCAGCGCGACGCCGACGAAAAUCUGUUUUUGCGUUUUCUCGAAUUGGAUCCGCCCACGGAGACGCCGGCUCCCACAAAUGCUUCUAGUGCCCCACCAGCCGCCUCAAGCGGACGUCGUCUAUCAGCCGCAAGCAAACCCGUUGGUCGUACACCCUUCACCAUGACCAAGAAAUUAACGCGUACCGCCGAACGCGGCUUCGGUUUCUCCAUUGUGUGGACGCAUCCACCACGCGUCGAAAAAAUUGAGCCUAGUCUUUCGGCCGAUCGGGCCGGCAUACAACCUGGCGACUAUGUGAUUUUCGUGGAUAAACAGAAUGUGGUGACGAUGCCGGAAGCAGAUGUGCUAAACCUAAUACGCUCACAGGGCUCCACACUGACGCUGGAGGUAUUCAGAAGAUCGGGGCCUGCCGGUGGUAUUGGACUAGGUUCUAUGCCACCGGCGCUCAGUGUCAGCAGUAGAGGUCAUCCAACGGCGACGGUAAUGAAUGGCAAAGCUACAUCAAGCACGCGUUUAGUAAGUGGUAUGAGUGAUGAGCAGCAGUCGAUUGCAGGAGGCACUGCGCAGUUAUUGCGACGCGUGGGCGCGGCAAGCGCAAUGCCGAUAGUAUCAACAGGGCCGACAGCAACGGUUGCCGCAACGAAUGUGCGUCCGUCCACAGCCUGCUCAGGUGGCACCACCUCGUCAAUUGAGGCGGCAAAGCGUCGUCUGCAUCUGCCGCAGGUCACCUUCAGUAAGGAGUCCAUUGGCCCCAUCACCGACAAUCGUCGUCGCUUACUUCUGCAGCUGAUCAGUCGUGAACAGAACUUCAUUUCGGCCCUAAACUUUGGCUUGCAACGUUUCGUGCAGCCGUUGCAGGAUCGCAAAGAUCUCAUUUCGCCAAACGAUCAUCGAACACUCUUUCAGAAUAUCGAUGAGCUGUUGCGCAUCUCCGAGGAUAUACUAGAGCAACUGUGCAACGAUGAUCAAGAGCCACAAAUGAAUUUUGCGUCGCGCGUCUAUCUCUCGAAAACCACAGCCAUUUGCGCAGCCUACAAAAAGUACUGUAAUGGUAUCAAGCGAGCCGAUUGUGUACUGGUAAAUAAAUCUCGGCAGAUGGGCUCAGAGUUUGUUGCCUUCAUAACCGAACCGCAAGUGCCACGCAAGCGUCCCGAUCUCACAAUGUUCAUCCACAGACCUUUACAGCAUUUCCGCGAGAUAUUGAAAUUAAUGCAGCUACUCGCUUCUAACUGUCACGUCGAUACAGAGGAGCACAAGAAUUUUACAACUGUAAUUGCCGAGCUCCAGGCCGCCUAUCGCGAGAUUACUGUUAGCAGUGGCUUAAUGGAGCCACUAGGCGAAGGCCGACCUUUGCUCACGUUGCAAGAUCUCGAGUCCCGCAUGGUAUUCACGAAGUGCAAACCAUUCACGCUGGCUGUACAGGGCCGCCAGUGGAUUUUUGGUGGUGAUCUGUCACGCGUGGAAGGCCGCUCCGUGAAACCUUACUGGACCUUGCUCUUUAGUGACAUCAUAGUGUUUGCAAAGGUCAGCCGAGACCGUGUUUUAUUUAUAACCGAGGAGCCUAUCCCAAUCGCGAAUAUUGUAGAUUCAUGCUUUCACAUGCGCAAGAAAACCACGGAGUUUCGACUUACAGUUGAUCCAAACGGACGUUUGGCUGAGAGCCCAACGGGCUAUUGUGCACCGGAUUUGACUCGGACACCGAAGAAGAGUGCACGCCGUAAGAGUCUGUUGCUGCGCGCGCCAUCUUUGGAGCUAAAGGCUGUCUGGCAAAACCUUUUACAGCGUCAAAUUUUCCUGGUGAAUGCUGCGCUUGGCUCGACCCCGCUUUCCAGUCCACUGGAUUCUCCCGAUGUGCUCAACACCUUGGUGCCACUUAGUGAUAUUGGCAUCGCAUCCGCAUCCAUAGGCUCGGUAAAGCACUCAUCCAUGGACAGCAUCAACGCAAAGAACAGCCAGCAACAGCAGAAACGUCUCUCGAAUGCAUCGGAUCAAAUUGAAAUGCUCAUCGAUGAGAAGUGUCGUAUCCUGAACAAGACUGGAACCUCCAAGUCUAAUGCACUUCACCUGGCCAACUGGAUGAAAGGUCAACUGGACAAGCAGCAGGAGCAGGCGCGUUUGGCUGCGCAGCGUUCGCGCGAAAACAUCAGUCAUGAGGAUGAGCACCUAUUAUACCCGGAGAGCGAUCAAGAUGAGCGUAUCACGUUUUGGACUCGCCAACAACUGGAGAAGCGCACCAAAGAAUUAAAUUUAACCAAGGAAAACGGAAAUAUGAAAGCCCGUCCGAAUUUCGGUGGCAAGCGUCUCAGCGGCGUCGAGGAGCUUAGUAUGAGUGAUGUCUACUCGGAGAACGUAAGCCAGCUAAGUCAAUCUCAUAGUACCACUUCGGAUAGUCAGAUCACGGUACGCUCUAGUCCCAUUGUGCUUGAUAAGCUAGCCGUCUGCCGCCAUUGCCAUAAGAACUGUCAGCAAGCGGCUAUGUCGCACCUCGCGGCCAUUUCCACCUCACAAACGCUCCCACCCGCUAUAGGCUCGGUAGCCAAUGAAAAUACUACUGGUGUUGGUGGAAGUGGCAGUGCCCUGGUGUGCACCUCACUUAAGGUGCAGCAUAGCCAAUCGUCGCCCAAUCGUUGCUGCAGGCUCAAUGGCAACGUCAGUCAGGCGGGCAGCACCACCAGUAUAUCAUCGAGUACCAUUACGGGCGACCAACCCAGCGAACACUCAUCCAAGGUAGUGGCUAGUAGUAGCAAACGUGAGACUGGAGACACGGAGAGUGAUGUGGCUCAACUAAUCACUGACGAUCUUUCGCAAUCAGAGGCCACGGACGACAGCAUUGGUGGGAUUCCAAGCAGCAGCAGUGGCGUCGCCGGAGCCGACGAAGCACGACGACUACUCACCAACAGCUUCAGUAAUCUACGAGUUUUAGAUGAGAAGCAUGAGGCACGGAAGUUGGAUGGACAGCAUAGGCCACAGGCUGGAACGCGAAGUCAGGAUUCUAGACAGAAUCAUCAAACAGCAUUAGUGAAUGGAUAUUGCUCGUCGAAUUUAUCUGGUGGUGAUGAGAGCAUUAGUGUCAAGGUGAGUAGCGAUAAAAAGCCGCAACCACAACCAAGAACAUACCGACUAACGCUACAAACGGCUACCGAGGAAACCACAAAGGAUACUGCUGAUAAAAAGGUGAAAACUACUGUCACGAUUACUGAAACAGCACAAAUUAUACGUACACAGGAUCAAAAUUCCGAACACGAACAUGGGCAUGAACGAUCUAGGACGACCGGUACACCAACAAAAAGUUCCAGGUCGCCGCAUACGCCACUCACACCAAAGUCGCCAAAAUCGCCAAAGUCACCUGGCACCCCGUCAUCAUUUUCGCGGUUUACUCCUUGCAACUGUCAAUGCAGACCCGCUGAUUUUGAGAAUACGACGCUCAGCCCAGAUGAAGUGGAGCAGCAGACAUGCAAACUAAUUGAAUCUCCGAAGCAGUCACCACAAAUGCCACGGCAACUGCAGCUGCAGAAAGCAAUGGAGAGUUUAAGUAAUAACCAAAAGAAGCGUUGCAAGUGCAUUUGUGGUGCACAAUCCGCAGUCGGAGUAGAGGACGAGCUCUCAUCAUUUCUGUUUGGGGGUUUGUCGGCGAGACAGCUGGGAACAAAGCCAACACCUACGGCUCCUUUGCCAACACCGACAUCAGUUGGUGCGCCAAUUUCUAUUUGCGAUGCCAACUUCUUGCCGACUAUCGCCGUAGUUCCGCCCACACCUGAAGCGACUCUCACAAUGACUUCCACGAAUGUGUGGGAUAACAGUGGAACGAAUUUAGCAACUAGCACAGCCACACAGAAACAAUUAAGUAACAUGCCGCGACAGGCUGUCAUUGAACAUAUACCCGAGGAUUCUUGUGAUGAGUCACCCCUAGACGAGGAGCCGCCAUAUCGACCGAUGAGCAAUGCCUUACGACGGUACGGCACAAUGUCCAGCCUUGAGAAAUUGCCCUCUGACGACCGGAUGGACGGAGAUCUGGACGAGUUAGAUAAUGACGACGACAAUGGAAAUGACAAAAACGAAGUGGCCGACGAUGAAGAAGAUUAUGAUGAUGAUAUAGACGACAAGGCACGCGCGGACGCGGUGGAUCACGCGAAAGAAGCAACACAGUCCACUGCGUGCACAUUCGAAGAUAUGGCUAGCGGGUCAUGUGUACUGGUUGGUGGUGUCUGGACAAGCCGAACAAGUGGGCUGGCUGGUGGCAACAAAAUGUCUUUUUUCGAAGAGUCACGCGCAUUCAUCGACAAAUACUUAGGCAGAUGGAAUCAAGACCAGACAACGUCCUCGCCCGCGGUCACUACUUCCGAAACCGAUGAACAAGCUGACGAAUGCACAUCGGGUGCAACCUCCGGCGAGGAGGUGUGGGGUACCCCAACCAGUGGCGGAGACAACGACGACAUGCACCUAGUCAACUCGGAAAAUACGUACUCGUCGCCAACGAAAUCGAGCAACUCGCUAAAUGAUGAUGACGACACGGAGUUGAUGAUGGACGAGUUACUUAUGGCCCCGCCGAUGACGGCCAGCACAAUACGAGGACUGUUGCCACGACGUCGCUUAGAGCCACUUUUCGAGGAGGAAACAGAAAGCGACGAAGAGAAAACCCAGCAGGAAAGUGAAGAUGUUAAAAAGGGGGAAACAACGACAAAUGGCCACUAUUUAAAGGAUUCAGCUGGAAGCUCAAGCGACGAGGAUCUAUCGAACGAGGCGAGCUACGAGCUGAAGAUGGAGGAGGAGGUCGGGAAGCCCACACUAAUCGAACCGAAGGCACCACGUACACCUGGUCAUAUUCCACCGCCGAUGCCGAUGGUGGCGACGAGUUGGGAACGGGCAUUCAAUCAGUCCCAGUCGCCACAUCUAGUGGAUACCGCACCUCUUCCAGUGGCUGUUCUGAAGGCAUCAUCUUGCGAGUACCUACUCGAACAGCGUACAAUGGUACCUUUGCGUACUACCAGCAUUACCAGCAGCAGCCCGCCCGCAGCGAGAGCCGCAUCAGCAACGGCGGAAUUGGCAUCACCAUCGACGAAGAUGGAAGUGGCCGUAGAGACGUCAUCACAGCAGACACUCACAAUGCAAGUGGAGAUGAAAGCGACGAUGAGGAGUACUACUACUAUGAUGAUGACGACGACGCGGAAGAUCAAGACACCACCAACGCCACGGAAUCAACCUCCUUCAUCGACUUUUACAACAAUCAGCAGCGCGAACGCCAAUAUCGCGAACAGCAGCUGCAGCAACGUCAGUGGGCCCACCCCAACUACUACCAACGCAUUCACAACGACUGUGCGUCCGGCGAAGUUCGUACCACCUCCACCACCCCCGCGCCGAUUAUUGCUAACACAAACAAAUUUACAGACAAGUGGCGUGAGUCCACCGAAUGCGUCAACACCAACUCAACAAAAUUCUGGCGCUUCUGCUGACGCUGGCUGCUUAGCGGUUGUCACCACCGCCAUCGCAACAAGCAGCGCAAGUGCCCCGCGCGCAGCCGCUACGCCUACCACAAAAGCAGCACCGUCGGCAGCGAUGAAGAAGAAAACGGAGACAGAGACGGCGACGGCGAGAGUGAAACCGGCAGCAGCCAAUGGAAAUCAACGUUCUGUUGCAGCCGGUACCGUGGCUCAAAUGGUCGGAAAGCGUGCAUCCUCAACGAUAAUAGAGACGUCGCUGCUGGGGUCGGGCGACAGCAAGGCAGCCUCCACAUUAUCAACAAUAGCUUCGAAGACGACGAAGGUACUGCAGCAGGAGCCGGGAACACAGGCGUCCCAGAAAAUCUCAGGCGCGACAGUGUCGAAAACAUCGGCAGCUACACGCGACGACGGCGUUUCAAAAUCGGACGGUGUCCCAGCACCCAUUGGUUCCGGUUUAAGUCCACGGCUCGAGAUGCGAUUGGCACUCAACCACGACAUUCUCGGCGACGAAGACUUGAUUUGCUACGAGCCUGGUCCAGAUCUAACAACAAUACUGGGGCACGACCUCUCCACAUUUCAACGACUGACGGGUCGCGAUUUAUUGAAUCGUUCAGCAACGAAUCGCGUUCAACCAAAAGAGGCUGUCAUAUCAUUCUCUCAACAGCGAAACUCGAAAAUGGACACACCGACGGUCAAUCGGCGUCCACGUCCGGGUUACGCCAACACCAGCAGUUCCCUACCAAUCGGCUUAGGUGGUGGCGCACGUGUCGGCGGCGCUCCACAACCCCUGCAACCAAAUCGAAAUACAUGGAGCAAUUCUGUAUCUGCGGUUCCGAGCAACGACGUCUACGCAAGAGGCGACGGAAACAGCAAAAGUUACAAUUACAACAGCGACGAGAGCAAAUUAAGCGAUCUCGAAAUUUUAGCGAGACGCGAGAAGACAUCCUGCAUGUCUCAAUUGAGGAGUGGCUCACGAGCCAAGACGAAGACGAUGGCGACACCAACCACAACCACAAUGACAAUGGAAGCAAUGGCUGCAACGAUGAGCAGGGAUUCAUCGACCAGUCCUCAAGCGACGAGGGCGAAGAGUACUACUUCGAUGGCCGUGGAGACUGAGAGCGGUAUCAAGCGAGUACGAAAGAUCGGACGUGAUGAGACUGCGCUAAUUGAGACGGGCAAAGGAUCCCGACUAAUUAACUUCAUCAAGCGGCGCAACUCUGAAAGUCCAAUCUCUCCGAACUGUUCUCAGAGCUCACUUAGUGAAUCCAACGCUAGUGGAACACCAGUCCACCGGCUAGCGGCACAGAUGUCACCGCGAAAAGAUAAUGAUAAACCCUCGCUUAAUCGUCGACUGUGGAAACACAUCACCAAACGACGGCGCGCCAACUCAGUCUCAGAGGUAACCGCCAGCUAAUUUUGCACACGCAUGCGGCCAGCGACACCCAUACGCAUGUCCACGAACUGUUCCCCGAACCUUCUUAUCUGUCUGACUCCAAUAAAGUUCGUGCAAAUCUCGCAAGGGUUAGUUAGAAUUCUCCAAAUCGACGGCAAAUGAAUGUAACGAAAAAAUGGAGCAGUAAACUAUGGGCAUAUUUUUUUAGAAUAUAAGCGUAAUUAUUGUUGUAAUUAUGUAGGAAAUGCUGCAGUUCCGGUAGAACUGGUAUAAGACUAUCAAAGCGGCGGAUUAGUGGUCAGGGCUAAACGGCUUUUAGUAGAACAAAAAAUUGUUCGUAAAAUAUGUAGUGGAAUUUGUAGAGUUAACGAAUUUUGGUAGUAGUGAAAAAAUGAAAGUGAAACCGGCGGAAAGCCAACAGGACACUUGCUAGCGGUCUUUGUUAAAUCGUAUGGUGUUAUAGUAGAUGUGUUGAGAGAUCAGCUCCGCUUGUUGGCAAAUUUUGGUUGGUUUUUGAUAGUGUAAAAUAAAAACUCGACUAACCCGAAGAUGUUAUGCAUUAAAGCUUUACGUGCAAUAUGUAGAUAAGUGAGCGAUGAGAAAAUUUAAAAAUCGAAAUAUUAUAAUAAAAAAUAACGGCACGGUAUGUUUUUUCGGCGCUCGCAACAAAAAACUUUAAAGGUAUGAGUGCGUAAUUGUAGUUGUUGUGAAUGUGGUUUUUACUUGAUUUUAAAUGAAGUAAUCGAUUCGUCUAAAUAAUUAUUAAAAAUAUGCGAAAUGUUAGUGCAACUUUGUCCAAUUAACUGCAAAUCGGUCCAUUUAUUUGCGCAGCUAGUGCAGUGAUAACACGCUUGUCCAUAAUUUACUUAUAUCGCAUUAUUUACUUCACAAAAAGACUCAGCAACUUCCUGCCACUGACGAAUGUAAUGAUGAACAAAGUGAAAAAAAAAGAAAAACAAAUAUUUUUAUUACUAAGCAGCAUUUAAUUUUAACUCACGGAACAUUUUAUAUAGUUUAUGCGGCUUAUUUACUUAUUUCUAGACUAAGAAAUCAUAGAAAAAAUCUCAUUGGAAAAUUAUUAAGCUUCACAGUUGUGAAGGCUGAAAAAUUAAACAACCUCACGUAAAUUGUUUCAAAUUUCCAAAUCUUUAAAUAUUAAAAACCAAAUAUCGCAAAAAUUAGUUGAAGGUUCCAUUAGCAAAGGGUAUAAUAAGUUAGAAAAACGUUUUUGUUCGUUAUUGCAUACCACUUCUGGUGACCCAGGCGACCUAAGAGAACCGUUGCACAAUAACUUGCUACCCUAACGAGGUCAAGAGGCACAGUCUCUAUGUAGCAUACUAUUACUCAUGUCCACUGCUAUAGACGUAUGUAUAUGGCCAUACAUUUUUUAUAACAUCAAUUCACGUGUAAUAUGCGAUAUUUGAUCCCAAUUACGAGUAAAACUUAUAACUUCAUUAUAAAUUAAGAAAAUAAAACUACAUUCUUAUGCGAAUAUAUUAAAUGAAGAAAUAAUAAUUUAAAUCAAAUUUAAGCUUUAAUGAAAAAAUCAAUAAAAUAUUGUAUUUAAACAUUUAAAAUUCACUAGGUAUUUUAA